UUCCAGACCAUCUUGAUGCCACUGUCUCAUCAUCAGCACCGAAUAACAAUCCCGGGGCCUCUGCUUUGGAUUCAGAGGAUUCCUUGCCCAUCUUUUUUCAGGGCCUCAGCAACCCCGGUGCUGCGCAGUGUUCUGCCUGCAUGUUUUCCAGCUCAGCUGAACCAACCACCACUGAAAGCCGUCAGCACUGCAGAGCCAGGCUAACUGCACAAAUGGCACCUCUGGUCUCGGCUGUCUGCUGCAUCAACGAAUCCCCAGCCCAGUCCUGACUCCGCAGUCUCGAUUGCUGGUGCUGAGAACUGGCAGAGUAAGAGCGAUCGCUGCGUCUCCAGAGACAGGGCUGAGCGUCUGGCCUGGCAGCCAGGCCGGGCUUGGCCAGAGGGGCUGUGCGGUCCAGGAGAUAGAGCGCUGAACAGGGACACAGCAGCUGGGGGUUCUAUUCCCAGCUCUUCUGCUGGGUGACUUGGUGGCGGGCUCUUCCUCUCCCAGCAAGGGCCCAAUGCCUCGUCCUGGCUUUGGGACUGUUCCCACGGCAACACAAAGCACCGGAAGACCUCUGAGCGGGGAUAUAACCCGAAAUGCAACACUUGAGGCUGCAAACUGUCCCCAUGGCGAUGGUUGCCAGGCAAACAGUGAGGGGCUUUCAGCUUGAAGUGUGAUAAGAAUAUCGCCUGCUACCUAGGACAAGGGCUGCCAGCCCUCUAUCUCCAGAGCAGAACUCCAACACUCGCUGCCUAGGAAGGCCUGAUGGAUGGACUGUGUUUGUGAGGACGCACGCCCAGGUUGCAGCCUCUACUGUCAAUUAAUGGUGUCUGCAGACUCUACGAGCAACAUGAGGCUUUGGAGAUAGAGAGAGAGACAAGAGGACAUGGGAUAAGCAUGGCUCUUCUCGUUUCUGUGUUGGUGCUUUCCUUCUUGCAGGAAGUGUUCGUUUCCCUAGGUUCUAGGGAAAACCCUCCAAUGAUCUCGGUAACUGAAGGGGAACCCAUCUCCUUUGAGUGUUCCUUUGAUGGAUCCCCUGCUGUUGGCAAUCCAUUCUACGAGAUAAUCUGGAUGUAUGAGAUGACCCAUAAAAAUGUGUCCAAGAGGAUCCUGUCCUUUAGGAUGACUCGUCCCAAUACCAGUGUCCCGGUCUCAGUGACUGAAGGCCAUUUUAGGGGUCAGUUAGACUUUGAAAAGAGUACCAGCUCUCUCUCCAUCCCCGAGGUGCGGGUGAAUGACAGUGGCCUGUAUUACUGCGAAGUGAUCAUAGUUCCACUCCCUGUUAAAUCAAGAACAAACGGGACUCAUCUCAUUGUCACGGGGUCAAGAGGUAAACAUUUUUCUUCCACAAAUAAAACACCAUCUCUUAAAUCCACCCCAGACCCAGUGAAUGUUCUGCUGAUCCCCAGUCUGACUGCUGGGCUACUUCUGUUCCUCCUUGCUUUGGGCUUGUAUUUUACAUUAAAGCGCCGAAUCCAGGCCAAGAAACCAGCAGUUUCCCUGCAAAUGUCUGAUCCCAUUUGCAGCACCCCUGCCCCUGCCCAGAGAGAGUCCUUUACACAGCCCGUCGGCCAUGAAAUGAUCUAUUCAAAACUGCAGUGGAGCGAGUACAGUAUGGUGUCCUCUCCAGCGGGGAGCGCUCAUGCUGGCGAGCCAGUGACAAAGAAGAAGCCCAGAGCAGGGAUCAGUGACCCAGGGACGGACACUGUGUAUGCCAUACUUCAGGCACCGUGAAUGUAUUCCCCUCCGUCUCGUGUACCACAAAUGUCUCCAGCAAACACCCCUUUUCUUCAGUGGUGUGGCUCUGGCAUGUAAUAAAUGUACUGAUGAAA